AUGAGAAGGAAAGCCAUGUUCACGGUGGGGAAGAAGAAGAACAAAGGCGUGGUGUCGCGGAUGAGCAGGAGGCCUUUCCAGCAUGUAUAUAUGGCUCUGAGGAGGCUCAGGGAGCUGAAGAAGAUCGUCCCCGACGCCCAUGACGCCGAUGUCGACGUGUUGCUCCGGCGGACGGCCGACUACAUCUGCAUCCUCGAGCUCAAGCUGACUGUCUUGCGGAGGGUCUCAGCCAUCUACGGUGUGUGA